UUGUUUGUUUGUUUAAUGAUAAAAUUAUGUAGAGAGAAAAUCGAUCACAUAUUCGCUAAAAUGAAUCCAACGGAGCCUACCAGUACCGAAGCUUUAAGCUCAAAAAUGAAAGAUGUUAUUGAUGUCUUGGCUAUGCAACGGGAAAAACGUAAUACUUUGCAAAAAAGUAUUACAAUAAAUUAUACCAAGAGUACAGAUAGUUUUACAGUUUCGCGAUUUAUUUUCGAGUGUGGCUUGAAGCUCGAAGCUCAUCCGUUAACUAUUGCCACAGCUGCAACUUUAUAUCACAGGUUUAUAAAAGAGGCUGCUCCAGGAGGUUACGACAAUUAUCUAAUUGCUGCCACAUGCCUUUAUUUAGCAGGGAAAGUAAAGGAUGACAAUCUGAAAAUAAGGGAUGUAAUGAAUGUGUCUUAUAGUACUCUACACAGAGGAUCACAACCAUUAGAAUUAGGUGAUCAGUAUUGGAGUAUGAGGGAUGCAAUUGUUCAAGCAGAACUCUUAAUUAUGCGAAUGCUAAAGUUUCAAGUAACUCCUGUGCAUCCGCACAAAUACAUGUUGCACUAUUUACGGUCUUUGCAAGCAUGGUUUGGAGAAGAGGAAUGGUCUAAAUAUCCUGUUGCAAAGACUAGUAUGGCGCUGUUGCAAGAUUUUCAUCAUUCCCCGGCUAUACUCGAUUACCCGCCAAAUUUAGUAGCGAUUGCUUGUAUUAAUUUGUCUUUACAGAUUUAUGGUGUAGUAGUGCCAUUAAUGGAUGAAUGCGAUCAACAGCCUUGGUUUAAUGUUUUUUGCAAGGAAUUAACGAGAGAUAAGCUUUGGGAAAUAAUGGAGAAGGUUAUGGCCGCGUACGACGAAGAACCCGAAACUAGGGACAACUGAUGCAUUUUAAUCCAUUCUUAAUGUAUAAAACAUUCAGAUCCAUUGUAUAUUGGCACAGUUCUGGCAUUCCUCUCAUUAAAACUGAUAACAGCAGAGUACAAAAAUAAAUCAAGAUUACCAUUGAAAUACAAUAUUCUUGAUUCUAUGUUUUGUAUUCCCUUCGUGUCGCCGGCGCGUUUUUUAAAGUAACGAAUGUAUUACUAAGAAUAUAAACAAUUUAUAGCUUUAUUAACAGGCUUUUCAACAUUCAUACUACCUAUUGGUAUCCCUUACACAGUUCUGUAUCUCAAUUUCAUGUUUUAAAAAAUAUAUCACCCUCUAUGUCGAUAUUCUCCUAUUCUUUAAUCGAGUUUGAUGAUUAAAGCAAAAUGGAGGCCAACAGACAAACAUAGUACAGGAUGUUUUGAAGUGUUAU